AUGACAAUCAGGAACGGCCAGACGAACGGGACUCGCUUCCCCAGCGCCUCACCUGCGCGCCUUUUCUCAACGUCCGAAGCCUCGGCCCUCGACACCUUUUCAGCCAUCUGCGCCCAACGAGCAACAUCGGAUGAAUACCCCCUGGCCGCAUCGAUCGAGAAGAACAUCCCCAUCUACGACCUCCCGCCUUACGCCAGCCUCAGCAAAGACCAGCGUGCCGCCCUCCAGGACGAGUGGUACCGCGUCCUCAUCUCCGGCCCGGGCGUCUUCGUGACCAAGGGCCUCUACCGCGACAGGGCCCUGAUCGAGGCCGCCAACGCCGCGUUCGCGUCCAUCAUCGAGGAGGAGAAGAAGUCGGGCGUGGCGAAGGGAGACCACUUCGCCAGCGCCGGCAAGAACGACCGGAUCUGGAACUCCUUCAGCAAGCACGGGCUCCAGGACCCGGCGUCCUUCGUCGAGUACUACUCGAACCCGUACCUCGGCCUGAUCUCGAGCGCGUGGCUGGGGCCCGGAUACCGCAUCACCGCGCAGGUGAACAACACCAAGCCCGGCUCCGCGCCGCAGGUCUGCCACCGGGACUACCACGUCGGCUUCCAGACCGCCGAGGCCUCCGCGCAGUUCCCCCGCGCCAUGCAGGUCGCGAGCCAGCUGCUGACCCUCCAAGGCGCCGUCGCGCACUCCGACGUCCCCGUCGAGAGCGGGCCGACGCGGCUGCUGCCGUUCAGCCAGACCUUCGAGCCCGGGUUCGUGUCGUACCGCCGCCCGGAGUUUAACGAGUAUUUCUUGAAGAACUACGUGGCGCUGCCUUUGGAGGUGGGCGACGGCCUCUUCUUCAACCCCGCGCUGUUCCACGCUGCUGGGAAGAACGAGUCGGCGGAUGUGUACAGAAUGGCCAACCUGCUCCAGAUCAGCAGUGCGUUUGGCAAGCCGAUGGAGUCGGUCAACGCCGUGCCGCUGGUGGAGAAGACCUGGGACCACUUGGCGAAGCUGUAUGAGCAACAGGGUAUGAGUGACGAGGUUAAGUCUUUCGUGGCGGCUGUGGCAAACGGUUAUCCGUUCCCGACGAACCUCGAUAACAACCCGCCGAGAAAUGAGGGUAUGGCGCCGGAGUCGGAACAGGACAACAUCACCACGAGUCUCGUUGAGAAGAAGAGUAAGAAAGAGGCAGUAGACGCUCUUAAGAGCUUUGUAUCCAGGUGCCAGGCAUAA